UUAACGUGAUUGAUCAUUGCUUCGUCCAUUUUUAUCAUUUUUCUUCCGCGAAUUUUCUUUAUAUUUAACGGAUUCCGCAGAGAUAUGUAUUGAAUUAAGUCUUUGUGCGCCUUGACCGAAUAGGACGUGUUUACGCUCUGGCUCGGGUAUUGUAUCAUUUAAUAUUUUUGGAAAGUGAGACCGACUUGACAAUUGCAUCAUAUAAAAUUCAAGCAGGAAUUUCAAGUUUACAGAAUUCCUUCCAUUCGUCUGGACGCGCAUGCGGUACGGAAUAAUUGAGAAUGGCAAACAAUGAAAAUAUUAGUAAGAGUAAGAUAUGGAUAUUAUGAAUGGUUUUUACCAGAAAAUUAUGAUUUGCUGCAACAUUCUUGUUUCCAUCCAUUCGAUGAUGACAAAAAACUUAUUAUUGACGAAAAUCUGAUUGUAACUGUAGUUUCUAAAAUCACCGAAGACGAAUAUAUGUCUGAAUAUUUUGGAAUUGAAAAUUGAAGAUAUCAAUGAAAUUACAAAUGAAGUUACUAUUGAUGAAUUUUUAAUUACAUGCGUUUCUCAAAAAGGAUUAUACGAUUAUCGACUCCCUGCCAGUUCCAGUUCAACUAAUCUCAAAAGAAAACAUUAUGGCAAAAAGUUUUGAAUAUGAUGAGAGGACAAUUAUCUGCUGAAAAUGCAAAAAACCGUUGGAAAUAUUUGAGAGAUUGCUAUAUGAAAGCGAAAAAAAAGCAACAAACUUAUAUUCCCAGCAGCUCUGGAACAAUUCCGAAAAAAAAAAUACAUUUCACUUUUUUGAGUAACAAUUUAUCAAAGGCAGCUCCAUCAACUAAUAAAUCGCCAUUAGCAUUAUCGGCUACUACACCAUUGCCAAUGUCCAGUAAGGAAUCUAAAUGCUCCAUAUCAUCCGAUAUUGUAGAUGACUAUUCACCAAAAAAUAAUAUAGCGACUCUAGUACCUAGAAAAACGAUAGUAAAAGUUACGCUAUCGAUUAAGAAAAAUCGAUUCCGAACAAAAAAAAGGAAUUAA